CAACGAGCGAUCAUCUAUCCAUCCGCCUGACUCCGCCCCGGACCACGAAUCGUGAUAAAAGCCAGCAGUGGAGAAUUCACGUCGCAUAGCAGCACACCUGGGCUACAAGCUUUACGCGGGGACCUCUCUGUCUUCUGUGUGCUACCUGAUCACACGCAUCCAUCAAACUCGCGUCUCGCCACUCAGACACGUGGACGAGACCGCGUCGUGCAGCGCGACGAGCACAGAGGGUCCGUGAGCUCCACGUGGAGCCACCAUGGAAGACGAAGACGAUGACGAGAUGGACGAGCCGCGGAUGCAGCUGGAGGUGGAGAGCCUCCAGUAUCAGCUCGAGUACGCACGGGAGCUCUCAUCCGUCACCAUCCCCGCUCUGGUGGGCUGGGUGCAGGAGGGAGAAAAAACGGACCCCAUCCUCAACGCCGAGCUCAUGAAGGAAAACCCCUGGGUGGACAAGGGCAAGUGCGUCAUCCUGUGACCCCGGAAACCCGGGGGCUCGUGUCGCUCAACCGUUUCACAAUGACCCCUUCGCUUUCCCUCGUGGGAAUCGCUGUUAAGAGUCAUGUCAGUUACCCGUCCUGUGAAUUUUUAUAACUGUGAAGAUUAAACAACGUGAUGGCUGUCAGUAUUUUACCCGUGAAAUACACCCGUUGUAUUGCAUACGUUCUCUUUCCAAAUAAAAAGUUCACAUCUCGUUCCCACACGGUAACGCAGA